AUGUCUUCACCUUAUUAUAUAUCAUCAAAUCCAAUUCCAUAUCAAAUUCUUUGUCAUUUAUCUUCAACAAUUAUUGAAAAAUUAAACAUUGGAUUAAAUUUUAUUGAUAUUCCAGCUUCAUAUGAACAAACCAAACAUCGAUCACAAAUAAUUCGUCUUAUUAUUUAUCAAAAUCAAGAUAAAACUUUAAUUAUUUGUCGAAAUUUAUGUCGUCAUGCUGGAGGAAAUUUUGUUCAUGAUAUUGAAGAUUUACCUGAAAUAGUUCGAUGUACAUAUCAUGGAUGGAAAUUAAAUGUUAAAACAUUAGAAUAUACUAAACCAGCUGAUUGUCUUAAACAAAAACAAUUAACAAUUGAUAAAAAAGAUAAUGGUGAAUUAAUCAUAUUAGAACCAUUAUUAUAUGAACCAUGGACAAUAGAUUCGGAAGAAAAAAAACAAGAUUUAAAGCCUAAUGAAUUAACAAUAAGUUAUAUAAAUCAUAGUUGUAUAGAAAUACAAGCUGACAGUAUGAGAUUAAUAAUUGAUCCUUGGUUAAUAGGUCCUUGUUAUGAUCGUAGUUGGUGGUUAUUACAUGAAAUUAAUGAAAAUUGUUUCAAUAGAAUUGCAAAUGCUAAUGGAAUUUUUAUAUCAAAAUAUUCAUCUGAUCAUUUAAAUAUACCAACAUUAGAACGUAUUGUUAAUAUAAAUCCAAAUAUAUGUAUUUAUAUACCAAAAAUAAUGACAAAUUCAUUUAAAAAUAUAAUUAAAAAAUUAGGAUUUAUUAAUAUAGUAGAAAUUUCAUUUGGUAUUUGGCAAACAUUUGAAAUCAAUCAAUCACGUUUUAUGAUAUUACCUGAUCAUAAACAUCCUUAUCAUGAUACUGUAUUUUUAUUUGAAUAUAAAGGAUAUCGAAUAUUAAAUUUAAUUGAUUGUGUAAGUCCUAAUGGAGAAUAUUUACCUUAUGCUGUUGAUGUUUUAUUAACAAAUUUUACUUCAAAUAGAAAUGCAUUUCCUUCUUGUUUUAUUGAUCAAUUUGAAGAAGAAAAAAUAUUGGAAAUAGCGAAAACAAAAGAUGAAAAUUUUAUUAAAAAAUUAAUUAAAUUUAUUCAAUUAAGUAAUCCAGCAUUAUGGAUUCCUAUUGGAGGAUAUUUUAUAGAAAAAGGACCUGAUGAUGAUCAAAUUCUUCGUUUUAAUUGGAAAAAUAAUCCUUCAAAUGUUGCUGAUAGACUAAAAUCACGUUUUCCAUUUCUAAAAACAUGGUGUCCUUUUCCAGAAGGAACAUAUGAUGUUGGUACUAAAAUUGCAGAUGAACCAUCGAAACCUCUAGAUAAUUACUUGAAAAAAUCAUGGGAUUUUCAAUCUUAUAUCUAUCAAUUAGAUCAAAGUAUGAUGUUUGAACCAUUAAAAACAAUCGAAGGAAUUCAACAAUAUUUUCAAUGGACAUUAUUUAAUAAUUAUGAUCUUAUUUUACAUAUUAUCGAAACUACGAAUGAUUUCUCUCAAAUUAUUCGUCAAUAUUAUAUUGAUUUUCUUAAUAAAAAUCCAGUAUAUCCUGAUUGUAUUCCUGAUAAUCGUCCAUAUCUUCGUAUUCGUAUUCGUGCAUCAGUAUUACGUCAUUUAUUUAUUUAUGGUUCUUCUUGGAAUGAAAUGUUUAAUGGGUUUAGUGCACGAUAUUUUGCUAAACCAAAUAUAUAUCAUAAAAUAUUUUGGAAUUAUUUUAAAUACAAUUUACCACUUGAUCCUCCUCAAUGGAAUCAUUCUAAUAAAGACAUUCCAAUUGAUUUAUUACAAACUUUCGAACAAUGUGAUAUAAAUAGCAAAACAAUCGAUUAA